AUGACACGUAUCGUGAUGCGGCAGGUGAGCCCCCGCAAGGGUUGUCGCGUUGUAAUCCCCGUGGAGCAUGCACAUCAACAUCAUCAGCAACAACAACAAGGCACGUACACAAAAACAUUGAAGAAGAGGAUGAAAUCGCUGGAGCAGCAGUUGGAGUUGAUGUCGCGAGAGCGGGAGGGCCAGCUGGACCAACUCGAGGAGAUGCAGCGAAUGGCUGAGGCUGCACAGAUGGAAGCUGUACAGCUAAAGGCUUGUCUUUGCAUAAAAGUUGCCGAGUGUGAAAAAUUGACGCGGGAGGCUCGCAAGGAGGCCAUUCGACUGGUGAAGAGCGAGUGGCGCAGCAAACUGGAUGAUCUGGCCAGCGGCAACGUCACGCUUUUUAGUGAGAUCCAAUUGCGGGACAAGCAAAUCGCCGAGCUGCAGAAGGGUCUCCGUGCCGCACAGAAUGGUGAUGAUAGGGAUGGGAAGUUCCUCGACAAAAUCACACUAUUGACGGCGGAGGUUCUGCGUCACGAGAAACUACUAGGCGAGAAGGACGCUGCACUCUACAGCUAUGAAGCACGCUUGGAGAACGCAGAAAAGGCACUUCACACUGCAUUGGAGACACAGUGUAAAAUGGAGUCGCAUGUCAAUGAGACUCUGAAGGUGAAAGAGGAGCAGCAGCGAGAACUGGUGAUGAUGGCCGCUCAAAACCAGCGAUUGGAGAGUUCCCUGGGGGAUAGCGUCUCGCCCAGGUAUGCCGCGGGCAACGCCUCGGGGCAAGCUCACGAGGCGUCUCUUACAAACAGCAAAAAACAAAGAAAAGCACGUCUGCAGAGCUACCAAACAGAAGAGUGUCGGCAUCUGAUGGAUUUUUUCCUCGCACGCCUUACUGCCAGUGAAGAGCAGCGAAAGAGGAGCGAGAGACUUGCCGCGUGGAUGGCGUUUGCGCUGUGGCGGAAGACUUCCCAACUGUCGGCGAAGGGGCAGCAGCUUCUGUCCAGCGAGACCACCGUAAGCAUCCUGGGACAGGCCCUGGAAAGGGGAAAAGCCUCUGUUCAGUGGACGCAAGAAGUUAUUGCAGAGACACACGAGCGGCGGUUGGCCGCAGAAACAGCCUUGGAGGCUCAGCGGAGGCAACACGAGAGGCAACAGAAGGUAUGGGAUAAGCGGGAAUCCGAAAUGUCUGCAACAAUUACAACGCUCAAGGAACAGUUGCACACUACUCGUGAAAAAUUGGCAGAAGAGCAGCUGCUGUACCAAAAGCAUCCACCGCAGUCUAUGUUGCAGCCCUCUUUGACGAUGGAAGAGUCGAACCGCUCUACGGUAAUGACAAUGGAAACACAUAUUCCUCCAACUCGGCGCAACACCGCGCGCGAGUCAUCGUUGCAUGACGACAAUGCCGCUGCGAGCGAUGCGGGCAAAGUGGGGACAGCGGAUGACAGAAUGACGAGCGAAGCAGCCAUGUCGGAUGCCAUGGAGAGCCUCGCUGUGGUACAGGAUGCCUCUGAGGCGGGUGCUAUUAUUGCAACACUGCUCUCACUGCAUCGCCAGGCGGUAGGAGAGUGGCGCAACAGGGCAAUCGCUUCGGAGCGGCGCGCUGGGAAGGCGGACAGGAUUGCGUUCAGUCUCUCGGUGCUGAUACACCAAGGUGUUCUUCCUCAUCUGCAUGCACUGAUCGUGAUGUGCACCGACGGUGUGGCGGAGAAGACUAAAAGUGUCCUCGCGGACUACUCCCGCUUGGUGAGGAGCACAACGUCGGGCGACGCUGCUGCUGCAGACGCCAGGACUGAGGCUGCAGGUGAAGUGGAUGUUUCAGAAAGCCAGUUGGUUCUCAUGUGGAAGUCGUGGUGUAAAUGGCGCGUCUUUGUUGAGGCAGCUCGCGUUGCUGCACUAAAAAUGAGGGCAACGCGAACAAUAUCUUCCAUGGCAAAGAGCCACGAGCAGUUGAAGGUCAUUGCUGAGCGUGCGAUGGCACGGGUAAAGGAGCUGGAGAAGUUGCGCGAGGAGCCCACAGGUGGGCUGAGUGGAUGA